AGAAGGAAAUAAGUAAUCUGAACAGCAACAAAUCUGUGGGACCUUGCAGCAUACCAGUUAGAGUCCUAAAAAUUCUAAAUUGUGUUAUUUCGAAACCUUUAGUAAUUUUUAAUUUUUCAUUUUCCAUUGGGAUUGUCCCUAAUAGUUUUAAAACAGGGAUGGUGGUUCCAGUUUUUAAAAAAGGAUGCUGCAGCCAUUUAAAUAAUUAUCGUCCAAUUUCUCUUUUGUCUGUAUUCAAUAAGUUAUUAGAAAAGUUAAUGUACAAUAGAAUGCUAAACUAUCUUGAUCAAAAGCAUAUACUUUAUGAGAAACAAUUUGGAUUUCGUGCCAAACAUUCAACUAAUCAGGCUAUUUUAAGCAUUGUAGAUAACAUACAAAGGGCGAUUGAAAAUAAAGAAUACUCCUGUGGGAUCUUUCUUGAUUUUGCUAAAGCCUUUGAUACUGUGAACCAUGGUAUUUUACUUAAAAAGCUGGAAAUGUAUGGUGUCAGAGGAGCUGCAAAUGACUGGUUCAAGUCAUAUUUAAGUAAUAGAAAACAAUAUGUUUAUCUAAACAACACUGCCUCUGACUUAUGUAGCCUAAACUGUGGAAUACCACAAGGAUCUGUUUUAGGCCCUCUUCUCUUUCUUUUAUAUACAAAUGAUUUUAAUAGAUGCUCUAAUAUAUUUGAUUUCCAUCUCUUUGCCGAUGACUCAAACUUAUUUUAUAAGCAUAAAAAUUUGUCUACUCUUGAAUCCGACAUAAAUGGAGAAUUGGAUGGGAUUAAUGAAUGGCUAUGUGCAAAUAGACUAUCCCUAAAUAUAGAAAAAUCCAAUUUUGUUAUUUUUCAUCCCCCACAAAAGAAACUUUUGUUUGAUCCCAUUUUAAUAGUAAAUGGAAAGCACCUUAAACGAGAAUAUAGUAUAAAAUAUUUAGGUAUUUUUAUAGACUCCCAUCUUAAUUGGAAGUCUCAAGUUAAUUAUAUUGCUAAAAAAAUAAAUCGUAGUAUAGGGAUAUUAUCCAAACUAAGAUAUUAUCUGAAUAGACACACCCUAAUUACAUUAUAUAACACUUUGAUUUACCCAUUUCUGAUAUAUGGCAUCACAAUAUGGGGAAACACCUAUUCUUCUACUGUUCAACCUCUACUUAUUCUUCAAAAAAAGGUAACCCACAUUAUAACUUUCUCGCAAUUUGAUGCUCAUUCUACUCCUCUCUUUAAACAUCUUAAAAUACUUAAAUUCCCGGAUCUCGUCAAUUUUCAUACGGCAAUAUGAAAUUAUAAUAAUAUUUAUGAAUAAUAUUUAUACACAAAUUUUAUAAUAACAAGCUAUCAUCAUUUUUUUCUGAUUUCUUCACUCCUGUCAAUCAGAUUCACAACUAUAACACACGACUAGCCUCUAAGAUAUCUUACUUUCUUGACACAGUAAGGACAAAUUACGGACUAUUUAAUAUUAGAUUUCAAGGAGCUAAGAUAUGGAACUCAAUUGACAAUAAUAUAAAAUUGCUGUCUGCUUAUCAGUUUAAAAAGAAAAUUCUGGAAAUAUUUUUCCUCAAAUAUUGACUUUUUGAAAUGAGUCUUUAUUGUUCAUAAUAUCUUUAAGUUUUCAAAUAUUAUAUUUCUAUAUUAAUCUUAUAUAAUUUCUAUAAUUGUAUAUUAAAUUCUACCUAUGUAAGAUUUAUAUUUAUAUUAAUAGCCUUGUCUAGGUGUGUGUUUAUGUAUUCGUCUGCGUGUUUGUUUUUCUACUAUAUAUGUGUUACGACCUACUGAUUAUUUAUAUUCAUAUCAAUAUUUAUUAGCUGCUUGGUCUCUAGCCUUAUGGUUAUUUUAAGUAGCUAGUACCCAUUUUAUUUAAUCAUUAAUUGUGUAAAAUGUUUAUAUUUUUGCUGUUCUAAAGGGUACAAAUAAAAGGUCAUUAUGGUGAAGAAAAAGUGCUUCAUAAACAAUAUUGCUUUUAAAAUUAGCUACUACGAUUUUGUACAGUUGAGGGCCCAAAAUCUUUUCAUGAUCUUUAUCAGCAAAAAUUUAGGAAUUUGCUUUAACUGUUUAAGUUUUUUUGUUAACGAGUCCCUAUGGUUUGAGUUGCGAUAUGGAAUUGCAUAUUAAUCAUUAUAUGUCAAAUUUCACUUGGCCAGGUUACAAUAAUUGUCUUAUGAUUUGUAUAAUGUGCAUGUUUGUUUUGUGUUUAUUCUGACAAAAUUACUAAUACAUACAGUGUUGCUUCAGAGCAAUAAAGCAAUUGGCUUCACGUUCUGCAAAAUAGCCUUGAUAAAACAUUUAAAACAGAAAAAUGUUUUGAAAUUGCGAGCUUAAAUAUAUGAAUAUAAAAUCUUAAAAUCUGAGAAAUAAGUUGCAUAUGUUGCGAAGCUUACUCACUAUAAACUCGUGAUGAAUGAACUCACUAAUUCUUGACGAGGAGCCUUUGUUAGAAUUGAUACGUUGAAUUUCUGCAUAUUUUUAAAGUAGUAAAAUACCCACACCUGUGAGCAAAGUAAGCCUUUCAAAAUGACCUACUUUGGUGUUAUAUUAUGCAUGCUUCUAGGUUUUUUAUUCCACUAUAUUCGUACAUUAUAAUUGCUACAUGUAAUAUGUAUAAAUAAAUACGAUCGUUUGUAAAAAUAACCAAGUAUUAGAAAAACACUUACAGUGUGAUCCAUUUCAGAUUUGUAGUGUUUUCUAUAGAUAAAUCGAGACCAAGUCUUCUUCGUGAGGGAUUUGAUGUAAUAACAGCAUCUGUAGGCAAUUCCCUCUUUGAAUGAUUUUCCAGAAUUUUUUUGUGUACUGGUCUUCUUCCUUUAAGUAGACUUUCCUUCCUUUGUUGGGUUAUCUUGAGGGCUAAGCUAGCUUAUGCUUCUAUGGCACAACUUACAUAUAAUGUUAAGUCCCUUCCCUUCAAAAUGCUAAUUGAAAAAUAAUUUUCUACACCUUCGCAAUACGAUGUCUUUUCAUCCCCUUUGAAAAGUCUAAUUGUGCAGUCGGUUGGGUUUUUGAAUGUCUGUUAAUAUGUUUAAAACAAACAAUACAGUGCAUGCAUCUGAAUUCAUUCAAUUCACUUUUGUCUACAACUUUUACUGGUGUUAUAUUAUUUUCCGCCAUAAUAUAUAAUUUUGUUAUAUAAAUAAAAGUGAAAUGUCUUAAUACUAUUGUCGGGAUUGCUUCCCCGACAAAGAAAUCACUCACUCACUAACGUUUACAAAAGAUUAUAUUUUUCGCUUCACGAAUCACAGAAAUAUCUCGCCCUUUUGAAAUCUAAAUUCUCUUACACUACCCCCCACAAAGCGUCCUCGCGUGGUAAUCACACGUGCGAACCAAAUGAGGUUAAACAAAAUGAACUAUAUGUUUUUCGUAUUAUAAAGUACUUAAAGGUCUCCGACACUCUCCCCCCAUUGUACACGAUUAGUGGGGAAUGUCAAACUAAAUGUCCUCAUCCGCCGUCCAAAGUUUUAUCUUCUCUUUUGCCAACACAGCCGCCAACUCUUCUGGGUUUGAAUUCUCUAGCACCUGGGUCUAGGCUCUUUGGUUCUUCGCGAUCGUCCUGCUUGGUUGACUCGGUUGACAAUUCUAGAGGGUAAAGAUCUUGUAUCGGCCGGUCGAUCGUCGUUUUCCGUGAUCUCAUUCGAGCGCCUCACACCACUCCGUCACGUCCCUUAAUCAGCUUCGUAACUAUGCCGAUAUUCCAUUUACCACGAUUUCUACUGUCGUUCUUGAUUAACACUACUUCUCCGACCGUUGGCAUUUUAUUCUUUCCCUGGUGUUUAAGGUUGUGUCGUUCUCUAAGGGCUCUCAUAUACUCCCACGUCCAUCUUUUCCAUACAGCUUCCUUACUUCGCAGUACAUGCUUUGCACGUCUUUUGAUCUCUUCUUCUUCCGUCGAAUCCCUUUCUUCGUCAGGAAGAACAUACGAUUCACCAGUUAUCAUCAGAUUAGGGGUAAGAACUGACAACUCCACAUCGUCUUCUACGUAAGUAAGAGGUCUGUUGUUUAAGCUGAUCUCCACGUCUAACACGACUUCCUCGAGUUCUUUCCACUUCAAGUGCGACGCUCCUAUCACCUUGUACAAAGAUUGUUUCACCAGACCAACAAUUCUUUCAUACUGACCGCCCCACCACGGGGCCUUGCUCAGAUUAAACUGCCAGGUAAUAAUGUUGUUCUUUGCGAGAAAGUCAUUUACUAGCUCACUCUUGGAAAUCUUCCGGAUUCUAUUAGCCGCCGCCACGAACGUCUUGGCAUUAUCCGAGUAUACUUUUUCUGGUUUACCUCUUCUCGCUACGACUCGCUUUAGACUACGCAUAAACUCCUCGGUCGACAUGUUCGGUAAUAGUUCCAAAUGAACUGCUCUCGUCAGACUACACACAAAUAAAAGUAGAUAAGUUUUGACUUAGUUCCUGAUCGGUUCUUGUACAGGAAUGGGCCCGCGUAGUCGACUCCGAUCACUUGGAAGGGUCUGGCUCCCUGCAUGUUCGGUCCUUGGGUAGGUUGCCUGUGGGUGGUUUGUUAAAGGGGGUUACUUGAAAUCUCUUACAUCCGUUGCAAUUUCUUCUCACUUUUUUCGUUAAUUGACGUAGCCGUGGGAUCCAGUAGCGUUUCCUCACCGCAGCCAUCGUCAUUCCGACUCCCCCAUGUAAGGUGCACACAUGUUCAUGCAUCACGAUCUUCUCUGCCAGUUUUGAUGUGGGAGGAAUAUAUGUGGGGUAGUCGCCUUGUAUUCGCCCUUUGCACACCAACAAGCCUGAUUCAUUCUCCUUCAGGUUGAGACCAUGUUUAUCUUCUUCUAGUUGUUCAGUGUCAUC